AUGGGUGUUAUUGUUAGAGUUGGGUUGGAAAAAACCUUAAAAGAUGAGAAUGGUGAAAGAAUUGAGCCUUACGAAGAUAAUAAGUACAUGAAUUUCACUAUAAGGGACAUCAAGGUAUGUGAAUGCGGUGCAAAGCAUCUCCUCCGCGGCACGUGCACUACGCCUUGGCACGCUUCCUGCCUGUCUUCCCCUCCGGAAACUCUCGCUUCGACUCUAUUGUGGGAGUGUCCCGAUUGCUCGGAUCUCAUGGCUGCGAUUCACGCGAUUGGGGCUGAUGCCACUCUGACCGACGCAGCAGAAAAGGCGAAGAAGAUGCAGGAGUCGGUGUGGAGGAAGAAGAGAACAAUGAUGCGGGAGUCGGAGAUGAUGAUGUCUUGGCCACGCUCAGAGAAAACCUGA